GAGGAAGGCGAGCCGAGCAGGAGGCGGUGCGGGAGGAGGAAAGAAGGUGGGUGGGUCUGGUCUGAGCUGCGCCGGAGCCGGAGCAACCCAAACCCGAGGAAGGAGGGCGCUUGGGAGCCCGGACUUCGGCAGCCAGGGGACGCCGAGCAGCAACUUGAGCAGCCUGCCGCGGCAACGCCAAAUAAGCCGCCCCUCGCCCUCAAGCCGUCCUCCGUGCAGCCCUCGGUGAGCUGUCGCGGGCGCAGCGCUGUCCCCGCGCGCCUCCGGAAGCCCUGCCGGGGGGCAUGAGCCGGGAGGGGCCGCGGCCGCCCCCAGCAGCGCCCAGCGCGCACAUGUGUCGGCUGCCGCGCGGGCCGCUGCGGGCGUGAUCGGAGCCGGCGGGCGGCGGCGGGACCGGGGGGAACGCUGCGACCCCGAGCCCGCGGCAGCCGAGGACCCGGCGGCUCGCGCGCGCUUCUUUCCUUCCCGCCCGGCGCCGACGGCCGCCACACUUCGGAGACACGGAGCCCAUGGACGCGCCAAGUAGAAGCCGGGGGCGCUAAGGCGGCGCGGGCGGCGGCGGGAGAAGCAGGCGACCCGGGCGAGCCCGGCGGCUGUCGGGAGCCAUGGACUGCAGCCUCAUCCGAACGCUCAUCAACAGAUACUGUGCUGGAGAAGAGAAUUGGGUGGAUAGUCGGACCAUCUACGUGGGACACAGGGAGCCGCCUCCAGGCACUGAGGCCUACAUUCCGCAGAGAUACCCCGAUAACAGAAUAGUCUCUUCCAAGUACACAUUUUGGAACUUCAUACCCAAGAACUUAUUUGAACAAUUCAGAAGAAUAGCCAACUUUUAUUUUCUUAUCAUAUUUCUUGUACAGUUGAUUAUUGAUACGCCCACAAGUCCAGUAACAAGUGGACUUCCACUAUUCUUUGUCAUUACUGUCACAGCUAUCAAACAGGGUUAUGAGGACUGGCUUCGCCACAAAGCAGACAAUGCAAUGAACCAGUGUCCUGUUCAUUUCAUUCAGCAUGGCAAACUUGUUCGGAAGCAAAGUAGAAAACUAAGAGUUGGUGACAUUGUGAUGGUAAAGGAGAAUGAGACCUUUCCUUGUGACUUGAUAUUCCUUUCGAGCAGCCGGGGAGAUGGAACAUGCCAUAUUACAACUGCCAGUUUAGAUGGAGAAUCGAGUCAUAAGACUCAUUAUGCAGUUCAAGACACAAAGGGAUUUCACACUGAAGAAGAUGUAGAUAGGCUCCAUGCUACCAUUGAGUGCGAGCAGCCUCAGCCCGACCUCUAUAAAUUUGUUGGUCGCAUAAAUGUUUACAAUGAUCUAAAUGACCCCGUGGUAAGGCCAUUAGGAUCAGAAAACUUGCUUCUUAGAGGAGCCACACUAAAGAACACUGAGAAAAUCUUUGGUGUUGCUAUUUAUACUGGUAUGGAAACCAAAAUGGCUUUAAAUUAUCAAUCAAAAUCCCAGAAGCGAUCUGCUGUAGAAAAAUCAAUGAAUGUAUUCCUAGUUGUGUACCUCUGUAUUCUAAUCAGUAAAGCACUGAUAAAUACUGUCCUGAAAUAUGUAUGGCAGAGCGAACCAUUUCGAGAUGAGCCGUGGUAUAAUCAGAAAACUGACUCAGAAAGACAGAGGAAUCUGUUUCUCAAAGCUUUCACAGAUUUCCUGGCUUUCAUGGUCCUCUUUAAUUACAUUAUCCCUGUAUCCAUGUAUGUCACAGUAGAAAUGCAGAAAUUUUUUGGUUCUUAUUUCAUCACCUGGGAUGAAGAAAUGUUUGAUGAGGAAACAGGGGAAGGGCCGCUGGUUAAUACCUCUGAUUUAAAUGAAGAAUUAGGACAGGUGGAAUACAUCUUCACUGAUAAAACUGGUACCCUCACAGAAAACAACAUGGAAUUUAAAGAAUGCUGUAUUGAAGGUCAUGUCUAUGUCCCUCACGUCAUCUGUAAUGGACAAGUCCUCCCCGAUUCUUCAGGAAUUGAUAUGAUUGAUUCUUCUCCAGGAGUCAGUGGAAAGGACCGAGAAGAGCUGUUUUUUCGGGCUCUCUGUCUUUGCCACACAAUCCAGGUGAAAGAUGAUGAUAAUGUAGACGGAACCAGGAAAUCACCAGACUCAGGAAAAUCUUGUGUGUAUAUCUCGUCAUCUCCUGAUGAAGUGGCACUAGUUGAAGGUAUUCAAAGGCUUGGUUUUACAUACCUAAGGCUAAAAGACAAUUAUAUGGAAAUAUUAAAUAGGGACAAUGACAUUGAAAGGUUCGAGUUGCUGGAAAUUUUGAGUUUUGACUCAGUAAGGCGGAGAAUGAGUGUAAUUGUAAAAUCUGCUACAGGCGAAAUUUAUCUGUUUUGCAAAGGAGCUGAUUCUUCAAUAUUUCCCAGAGUAAUAGAAGGCAAAGUUGAUCAAAUACAAUCCAGAGUAGAGCACAAUGCAGUGGAGGGACUGAGAACUUUGUGUGUUGCCUAUAAAAGACUCAUCCAGGAAGAAUAUGAAGGUGUUUGUAAACUCCUGCAGGCUGCUAAAUUGGCACUUCAAGAUCGAGAAAAAAAAUUAGCAGAAGCAUAUGAGCAAAUAGAGAAGAAUCUCAUUCUGCUUGGUGCUACAGCUGUUGAGGAUCGACUCCAGGAGAAAGCUGCUGAUACCAUUGAAGCACUACAAAAAGCUGGAAUCAAAGUUUGGGUUCUAACAGGAGACAAAAUGGAGACAGCAGCAGCCACCUGUUACGCCUGCAAACUUUUUAGGAGCAACACACAGCUCCUUGAGCUAACCACCAAGAAAAUUGAAGAGCAGAGUUUGCAUGAUGUUCUGUUUGAGCUUAGCAAGACUGUUCUACGCCACUGCGGCAGCUUACCAAGAGACAGCUCAGGACUUUCAACAGAUAUGCAAGACUAUGGAUUAAUUAUUGAUGGAGCCUCAUUGUCUUUAAUUAUGAAACCACGAGAAGAUGGAAGUUCUGGCAACUACAGAGAACUCUUCCUUGAAAUCUGCCGUAACUGCAGUGCGGUUCUCUGCUGUCGGAUGGCACCUUUGCAGAAGGCACAGAUUGUUAAAUUAAUUAAACUUUCAAAAGAGCACCCUAUUACUUUAGCAGUUGGUGAUGGUGCAAAUGACGUCAGCAUGAUCCUGGAAGCACAUGUGGGCAUAGGUGUCAUUGGAAAGGAAGGUCGUCAGGCUGCAAGGAACAGUGACUAUGCAAUACCCAAAUUUAAGCAUUUAAAGAAGAUGCUACUUGUUCAUGGGCAUUUUUAUUAUAUUAGGAUAUCUGAACUUGUGCAAUACUUCUUUUAUAAGAACGUCUGCUUCAUUUUCCCUCAGUUUUUAUACCAGUUCUUCUGUGGAUUUUCACAACAGACUUUAUAUGAUACUGCAUAUCUUACACUGUACAAUAUCAGUUUUACUUCCCUCCCAAUUCUCUUGUACAGUCUGAUGGAACAACAUGUCAGUAUAGAUAUGCUCAAGAAAGACCCUACACUGUACAGAGAUAUUGCCAAGAAUGCUCUACUCCGCUGGCGAGUGUUCAUUUAUUGGACAUUCUUAGGAGUAUUUGAUGCUCUGGUAUUUUUCUUUGGUGCUUAUUUCAUCUUUGAAAAUACAACAGUGACCAGCAAUGGACAGGUAUUUGGAAACUGGACCUUUGGGACACUGGUAUUCACGGUGAUGGUAUUUACAGUCACACUGAAGCUUGCAUUAGAUACACACUAUUGGACUUGGAUAAACCAUUUUGUUAUUUGGGGCUCACUGCUAUUCUACAUUGUCUUUUCCCUGCUCUGGGGAGGAAUUAUCUGGCCAUUCCUCAGUUAUCAAAGGAUGUACUAUGUGUUUAUACAGAUGUUGUCUAGCGGGCCUGCCUGGCUGGCAAUCAUUCUCCUAAUUACUGUGAGCCUCCUUCCUGACGUUCUCAAAAAAGUUCUGUGCAGGCAGCUGUGGCCGACCGCAACAGAAAGAACCCAGACCACAUCCCGGCAGUGUCAGGACCAUGUCUCAGAAUUCACCCCUCUUGCCUCUCUACAAAGCCCAGGCUAUCGGAGCAAUGAACUCACCAGCCCCUUAGCCACAAGGUCUAGUCCCCGCUCUAAGAAAGUGAUGUUAACAUUCUGGAAUAGCAAGGAGUGUUCUGUGCUCUCACCCAUUUUUGGUAUUUCAAAUAACCAUUGGAGUUCCGGUUCAAGACACUACCUUCAUGGGUGCAAUUUGGAAACACCUGUAUGAUAGACAGAUCACCAAUUCAAGCCUUUAAGAACUGCAUUCUUGAGUGUAUGUGUGUUUGUAUAUGUGUGUGUUUUUGCCUUUGUUUCCAGAGGAGGAGAGAAGUGUGUAACAGGACUUGUUCUAAAAGGCAUUUAGCUCUGACAGCCUAGACUGAGCACUUUGAUUAUAAUUUUUUCCAAGCCUGGUGGUCACUCAUAUUUUUCUCUGUGCAUUUAGUUGGACUGCUAAAUGGAAGGACAUUUUGCACAGUCUGGUACUGUAAGGCUGGGAAGCAGCACAAGCUCUCUUCACCCCACGUCCUAGUUUUUGCCUUCUUAUCCCUUCUGUUGUCUUCUGUCAUUUGGUAUUACUUGAAGAGAAUAGCUCAUCAAAUGAUCUACGUUUUGAGAUCAGCAGUUCAGCUUUGAGCCGGAAGCUGUCACCUCACAUAUCCCCAGUGACCAUCAUUUUUAGCAUGUAUGAUAACCUGUGUUUCUUUCAUUUUAUUCACCCUCACCUCCUGUGCUCUCUGUGUAGAAUAGGUUGUUGUCUCUGCACUACCUUUUCUCAAGAAACCCUCUGAUACUUCUGUUUUUGGACGUGGCCAAAUUAGAUAUUCAAAUAAUUGUGUAUCCAUUUCCCCAUUAGAAUCAAAGACUUUGCUGUUGCUUAUGUUUGUUCACUUUCUACAUAUCGAAGCUGAUUUUUUAAUGGGUUUUGUCUGAUUCUGAGUUCCUUUUGCUGAAAUCAGGUGUUAAUCCCAUGUUUUGGAAUGCUUUUGAGUUUGUCGAUGUCUUUUCCUUUCCCAUCACCCAAUUGCCUCUGUAGAGGAAAAACAAGUGUUCAUGUGUGAGAAAUAGGUAAGACUGUUAACUUAAGCUUUUCCAGUAGUAGUUUUGAGAUAUUUGUCUGUCACCCUCCCAAGGAUGAAUUUUAUUAAUUUACUAUUAUUGGAAAAUUUUAAUUUCACACGUUUCAGGGAAAAGAGUGUUGAUUUUGGAUGCCCUAGGGUAAAUAUUUGGCAGUAAUGGUCAGAUGCCCCUUUCACGGUAAUUAUUGAGAGAUGGCCACGAGGGGGUGAUAUUCUACCAAAUCUAUUUCAGACUGAAAUCGGUAUGAUGACGAGAUGGCCUCGCAGUUUUCCGAAAGCAGUAUCUGCAUCUUACACUUCCUCCACUGCACUAUAAUUUUUACCAUAACGUGCUCUGAGUUUUUUUUCAUGUAUUUCUCGUUUGUCUUACAAUUUUGUUGUUUUAUUUGGGGUGGGGAAACAAUCAGAAGGCUGUUUUGUUUUGUUUUUUAUAGAAUUCCUGUUACUUUUCUGUACCAGUAUUUCUGUUUCUAGAAAAACUUUAGCCUAAUCUCAAUGAUCCAUAAUUCUAUUUAACAUAACUUUGAUGGUCCUUUAAUAAGACAUUUCAGUUUGAGAUUCAAACUUUAGACUUUAAAACUGGUGGCUUUUUAGAAAAGCUUCACCCAGAAACUAAAAAUAAAUACCUUGCCCACUGCUAGAUUUCCUGUUGUAAAACUUGGGGGCCUUUCAUAGGUGAAAACUGAGAUCUGUGUCUGAGAUGUCUGACAUUAGAUAUUUGUGGAAGUUUAGAUCUCACAAUUACGUUGUAUAAUGUCUCAUCUAUCAAAUAUUUAUUUGAACUAUUCUCCACAAGGAGAACUGAAUUAACAGUAAGAACCAUGAACACAAAGUGGUUGGAGUAAAUUAAAGUGAAAUAUAAACACCAUACCAAAGAUUAGGACAAUGAAGGUUUGACUGAGUAUAAGAAUCGAGAGGAAGGACACCAUUUUUGUCUUAAAGGUUGUCUUUACCAUUUCCUUAAAGCCCUUUGUGCUCCCCUCCCACUGCCCUGUCAUGUGACAUCACAAUGUCAUGUCACAGCACCGUCCAAACCUGACCAUGCCAAUCAAAGGUGUGUGCGUUUCUACACUGAUUUUUAAGAACCUUACCUGGGUAUAAAGGUAAUACUAUAGGGGCGACAGAUUCUCUGUAUGUUUAGUUAACAAAUUAUUUGUAAUGUAUUUUUUUAGAAACCUUAAAAUUGCCUUUGCACUGAAGUAUUUUCAUAGCUAUUUAUACCUCUUUUAUGCAUUUCUUUGUUACCAUACCAUAUCUGAUUUUUAAAGUAUGUUUUCAAAACUUUUUUUAAGUUUAUGAAAAUUUGACCACUUUACAUUUAAAUUCUGGUGAGAGUUUUGGCUGAAUGUUUCAAUAUCUGAUGAAUGAGACUUUCAGAUCUGAUUUUAUUCUCUUUACCUCUUAAUUUGUUGGUAUCUGAUGGCAGUAAUUAAUUGAAAGGCAUAAUUAGAGUACAGUAAUUUGCUAUGCUUUUUCUUCAUAAUUCACUGCAGCUUCUUCUGCUUUUGUUUUGUUUUUAAUUUCCAUUCUUCAGCCUUAAAAGUAAAAGAUUCUAGCUGAUGGUUAAAUAUGCUGGAUCCCAGUCCUGCCUGUUUAUUCUAGACAUUUACCCCAUACCUCUGAUAAUUCAAGUCUCAAUAUGAAAGUCACUAAACUUUUACACUCUCUAAAAUAUCUUGUAAAAAAUUUUGUUAAAUUAUCAUAUGAAUGUGCUUUUUAUCAUCUGAAGUGCAUAAGGGGGCAAGAGAAAAAUAAAAAGAGGAAAAGAAGAACCCCAUUGAAAUGACAUUUCAGAUAUAAUUUAAUUAGAUUUUUCAUCUUACGAUAGUUAGUAUUUAACUUGCCUUAAACCAAAGCAAGUAAUGUCAACUUUAGGCAUUUUUCUUAUUUUUGAAGAUCUUGUCCACUAUUACAUAUAUUAAUAAAUUAUCAACCUGUAAUUUACCAUGUUGAUCUGACGAUAUGGUCCCUAAUUCCCACUCCAUACCCUUAAAAGCAAAUCAUUAUAUAAAUGCAUGAGUAGUCCUGACUAUAUUUGUAUUCUCUUGCUUUUAGCUCCAAGUUCAUUCACAGCCAUAUGCAUACAUGUGUGCAAACAUGUAUCUACACACACAAAAACCUACACUUGUAUACUUUCCGUAAAUCCUGAACUUCCCAUCUUUCUUCCUAAGAUGACCCUGCAAGGAACCUUUACCCAUAUCUGGAAAGAUCAGGCUUUCUUAAUCUUUCUAUGCCUCAUUAGUAAGAAGAGGCUUUUUCUGGCAAAAGCAUCCAUAAGCCUUUGCACAGCAGGCAAUGGGGUUUGAAGCCAGGGCUUCAUUCUAAGAGCUACUCAUUGAAGGAUGUAGCAGUGUCCAGGACUAACUUCUUUCUCUUUCAGGGAAGUUCACCUCCCCCAUUUAAACCUCCAUUGCAAGUCAGCAUUCAUAUGAGGUGGCCAGAAAGCAGAAUCUGGAAUCCACCAAGGCUCCACAUCCUAUCAUGCUUCUAGGAACAUAGACCAUUGCCACAUCAGAAGUGGCUAGCCCUCUGCCGCAUGUCAGCUAGGAAAAAAAAAGCCUUCCUUUUUCUUGGCAACUCAUAUUAAAAUCCACAUCAACCCAUUCCUAUGUAUUUGAAUCAAAAGGGUGAAGAAAGCAGACCAAAUAAAAAUACCUGUGAGGGUUGUAGCUCUCAUAAGACACUGAAAGUAUGACUUCUAUGUGCACGGACUAAGUAAGUAAGUAGAUUUUGGAGAUUCCGAUGAAGGAGAGUGAAAAAAAAUGACAAGUUUAGACGAUAACAAGUUUUAUAUAACUUCUUAGUUUGGCUUUUUGGGCUAUUUGCAGCUUUAACUACAAAAAUAUCUCAUAAAUGCUGUUAUAACUAUUUUUUAAUUUUUAGGCAUCAAGCCAGUGUUCAUUGCAACCUGAAGGAAUUUUUUAAGCCUUUUUUUUUUUUUAAGACCACUAUAUUCAUAUGUUUUGCACUGAUGCAACCAUUUCUAUUUUAUCUUAAAAUUAAUAUUAUUUAUUUGACAACUUAAUAUAACAUUUUGGUAUGCAGUUUCUUUCAGUCUUCAGUUCUUUUGGAAGUUACCUAAUUAUAACUUUAAAAGCAGGAAAAAUGUAAGUUGGCAAAUGGAUUUUUUUUUUUUUAAAUCUAGAGGGUAGGUGAAUGGUAAUGAGAAUCAUUCUGAUGUUGUGUCUAUAAAUAAAGCUUUAAUGAAAAUGUGUUGGAAGUAUUAUGAAAACGUGAUUCUACUUUUGCAGAAAAAAAUCUAAAGAUCAGUUUAUAUAGCUUUAUUUUUUACCUUAUUGAAAUAUACAGAAUUUUAAUAUGCAUAUAUUGUCUGUGACUUAAUAUAAUGUGUGUAUGCAUUGCCAUUUAAAAUGUCCAUUCAUUAUGUAAUGUAAUAAAAGAGAAUCUUCACCAUGUAUUUAACAUGAAUGGUUAUCUAUAGCUGUCAUCAUCAUAAAUACUGGAAUUUAUUUUUAAAAUAUUAAAUAUAGUAGGUGCAUUUAACAUCAUAAAUCAGCCUCCAAACAGUAAUGUUUAACUGGAUAAUAAUUCAUUAGCCUGCUUUGAAUAUUAAAUUGUGAAUUAGACCAAUUCCUACAUUUCUGUAAAGUUUAUUUUGUAUGCUACUGUUUUUAACUUUUAUUUCUGUAGAUAAAGUAUGACUUGAUAAUAUUAAUUAUAUUGGACUUUUCUGUAGAUUAUCUAAGCAGGAGAACUGAAUCUGCUUGCAAUAAAGAAAAAAAAUGUCUGGUUUAA